GCUCUUUCAGCUACACUGUUGGCUUGAAGGUGAUGGGUGAGCUGAACUUUAAGCAGAUGUUUAAUUCUUCACCUCUUUUGGAACUCUCCACUUACAUACUGUGUGCCACAGUCUGCAAUUAUUGUUGAGGGCCAUGCUCACCCAGAACACCUUUGGGAUAUGUGCACACCCUUCUGGGUGAUAUGUCAGUUAGUAGUGUCCACAAUGAUCAGGUAUGGUGGUCCAACCCAAAUAUGCAAACACGGUAGAAAAAACAUCACGUCUUUUUCAGUGUUCACAUCCUUUUAUGUGUAUGUUUUAUGUAUAGUAUUCGAAUAGGAAGUGUCUGGUAUUAAAAUACGUAUGAGGUAAUAAACAGAUUGUCUCGGUUGAGUUUUUGUGAAGUGAAGCCUUGUGUUGCAGCAUUUCUGUCCUCUCGGCCGCUCACGCAGCACUUCCACCUUAAACCAGCAGGGGGCAGGGGUGCGCCUUUGCUUCACCUGUGUCUAUCGGCAGAAGAAGAGCCACGGUUUGUUUCUGUCCUUAAGUCUUAAGUCUGCAUCCUAGAACCGAAUCCCGGUAUGGAAGUCCCCGGUUCAGACAGCGACUGGAGGAGCACGCAGUUUCGGCAGAAAGUCGUCGCUCAGAUUGACGAGGCCAUGAGGAAGGCGGGACCCGGCACCACGACCCACAAGUCUGGCACGGACAUGGAGAACCAAGUCUACAACAAGGCCAAGACCAGAGACGAGUAUCUUUCACUGGUGGCGCGGCUCAUCAUCCACUUCAGAGACAUCCAUAAGAAGUCCCUGGGGGGUCCAGAUCCCAUGAAUGCCCUGACUAACCUGACAGGGGUUGGAGUGGGGCCUGGCGCCAUCGGAAUGGGGCCUCGCCCUGCCGGGGCUCAAGUGGGGGGCAUGGGGCCCAUGGGGCAGAUGCAGAUAGGCCAGCAUGUCAUGGGAGGGGUGCCUGGAAACCCACAAGGCAUGUCAACGCCGGCCCAAAUGCCCAUGCAGACGAUGGUGCAGCAGCAGUUCCAGCAGUUCCAGCAUCAGCAGCAGAACCAGCAGCUGCAGCAGCACCAGAACCAGCAGCUGCAGCAGCACCAGAACCUGCAACAGCAGCUGCAGCAGCACCAGAACCAGCAGCUGCAGCUGCAGCAGGCCCAAAACCAGCAGCUGCAGGUACAGCAGCAGAACCAGCAGCUGCAGCAGGCCCAGAACCAGCAGCUGCAGCUACAGCAGCAGCACCAGAACCAGCAGCUGCAGCAGGCCCAAAACCAGCAGCUGCAGCUACAGCAGCAGCACCAGAACCAGCAGCUGCAGCACCAGAACCAGCAGCAGCAAAACCAGAUGCACCAGGUGAGGAUGUUCCCGCAGCUGCACCACCCUCAGGCCCAGCCUCAGUCCAUGCAUCCCAUGGUGCAUCAGGUCCAGGUCCAGCCGGCGCCGGGUCAGAUGCCCCCCCACUCCCAGCAGCAGCAGCAGCAGCUCAAAGCCUUCCAGCAGGCCCGUGCCACCAUGCAGCACUCGGCGCAGAUCGUGGCCCCGCCCCAGCUGUCCACGCCCGGCGCUGCACCUGGACAGCUGGGUCGUCCCCCGAUGCAGAGUCUUAGCCGGCCGACCCGACCCGUUCUCAACCCCCCCAACGCCUCUGCGGCCCCCACCCCUUCCAACGUGGUUGGAGGACAGGUGCAGCACGCCAUGAUAUCAUCGCCCUCACCUGUGCAGGUGCCAACGCCACAGAUGCCCCCGCCCCCUCAGCCCUCACCCCAGCCCCCCACCUCACAGCCCAGUUCAGUCAGCUCCGGCCCGACUCCCUCCCCAGGAGGAUUCCAGCCCAGCCCCUCCCCUCAGCCCUCCCCCAGCACAGCCACCUCCAGCAGGCCCCCUCAGAUCUACAGCGUUCCCUCUCCAGGACCGCUCAACACUCCAGGUAACCCCGGCUCCGUGAUGAGUCCAUCUCUGGAGGACCAGCAGUACAUGGAGAAGCUGAAGCAGCUGUCCAAGUACAUCGAGCCGCUUCGCCGCAUGAUCAACAAGAUUGACAAGAAUGAAGACAGGAAGAAGGACCUGAGCAAGAUGAAGAGUCUGCUGAACAUCCUGACCGACCCGAACAUCAGGUGUCCUCUGAAGACGCUGCAGAAAUGUGAGAUCGCCCUGGAGAAGCUGAAGAAUGACAUGGCUGUGCCCACCCCCCCUCCCCCACCCAUGGCCACUAAGCAGCAGUACCUGUGUCAGCCUCUGCUGGACGCCAUCAUCACCAACAUUCGCUCGCCGGUCUUCAACCACUCCCUGUACCGGACCUUUGCCCCCGCCAUGAGCGCCAUCCACGGGCCCCCCAUCACCGGCCCCAACGUUUCUGGGAGGAAGAGGAAGCUGGAGGAGGAUGAGCGGCAGACCGUCCCCAACAUCCUGCAGGGGGAGGUGGCCCGCCUGGACGUCCGCUUCCUGGUCAACCUGGACCCCUCGUUCUGCAGCAACAAUGGCAGCGUUCACCUCGUCUGCAAGCUGGAUGAUAAGAACUUUCCCAGCGUUCCUCCUCUGCAGCUCAGCAUUCCCGCGGAUUAUCCGGACCAGAGCCCGCUCUGGAGCGACGACGGCGAGCAGUACGGUGCCAACAGCUUCCUGCAGAGCGUGCACCGCAACAUGACGUCCAAACUGCUGCAGCUGCCCGACAAACACUCUGUGACGGAGCUGCUCAACACCUGGGCCCAGAGCGUCCGGCAGGCGUGCCUGUCUGCCGCCUGAAGCCCCGCCCACCUGGGGUGGUCCGCUCAUGCCACUGCCUCAAUGCAUUCUGGGUGACUGAGACUCAACAGACUUCUUUCUUUUUGGUGGGGCGCUCCUGUUUGUGUUUAUGAAAAGUCUUCCUCACAUCACCUUCAUCGCUUCCUAAAGAUUCCCACUGGGGGGGUUGGAGGCCGACGGGCCCCCUGGUGGGCUAGCCCCCCCUCCCCAUGAGGCUGGAUCAGACAGACACAGGCUGGGAUCAAAGUUUAUUGAUGUACAGAGUGUUCCUGAAGGCAUCAGAAGCUGAGGGAGAAGGCUCUGUAGGACGGGUUUGUGAAGACGUCGAUGCAGCUGCUACUCCCCCCCACUGUCAGCACCUGCAACACACACACCUGCGUCAGAGCCCCGCCCCCAGGUGGGCACUGCUGCCUUCAGGGCCCCGCCCCCAGGUGGGCACUGCUGCCUUCAGGGCCUCACCCUGUGCUCCGUGCUGCCCGUGUUGAUCUGCAGCGUGUUCAGGCUCUGCGGCGUGCACGGGAUCUGCGCUUUCACUGCCCCCCCCAGCAGACAGUGAGACACAAACUGCCCCUCCCCCACCGCCAGGAUCUGCACACACCAGAGCGUUAGUGUCGGCGCGAGGGGCGUGUCACCUGCAGCGAGGCGGCUAGUUCAGCUUUGUACAAUGGCGUGAUGUGUUCAGGCGCCGCUCUUGGUGGGUGUUUCUGGUCGUCCACAGCUCAGUGUUUUUUGCCGGGAACUUCCAGUGUGUCUCCGUGUUUCCUCUUUAGUUUCUGCCGCAUGUCGUCCUUCAUCAGCCAAGAGUCUGGCGUUAGUCUCAAAGCCUCCUUGUUUCCGUCAUCUGGGCGUACGUCUUGUGGGCGUACGUCUUGUGGGCGUACGUCUAGUGGGCGUACGUCUAGUGGGCGUACGUCUAGUGGGCGUACGUCUAGUGGGCGUACGUCUAGUGGGCGUACGUCUAGUGGGCGUACGUCUAGUGGGCGUACGUCUAGUGGGCGUACGUCUAGUGGGCGUACGUCUAGUGGGCGUACGUCUAGUGGGCGUACGUCUAGUGGGCGUACGUCUAGUGGGCGUACGUCUAGUGGGCGUACGUCUAGUGGGCGUACGUCUAGUGGGCGUACGUCUAGUGGGCGUUCGUCUAGUGGGCGUACGUCUAGUGGGCGUACGUCUAGUGGGCGUACGUCUAGUGGGCGUACGUCUAGUGGGCGUACGUCUAGUGGGCGUACGUCUAGUGGGCGUACGUCUAGUGGGCGUACGUCUAGUGGGCGUUCGUCUAGUGGGCGUACGUCUUGUGGGCGUACGUCUUGUGGGCGUACGUCUAGUGGGCGUACGUCUAGUGGGCGUACGUCUAGUGGGCGUACGUCUAGUGGGCGUACGUCUAGUGGGCGUACGUCUAGUGGGCGUACGUCUAGUGGGCGUACGUCUAGUGGGCGUACGUCUAGUGGGCGUGGCGUUGCUCGGUGGCCGGCUGUAGGCCUGGACUUUCUCCGGUUGACGUUUGUCCUCCUCACUGGCAGAAACAGCAGCAGUCCUUGACUAAAGCAAAGUGGUUCCUAAAACUGAGUUCACGUGUUUGUUUGACGAGCUUGAGGGUCCGGUCCGUCCACACUGGGAGGGGGGAAUCUUUCCUUGGAUUCGUGGUCAGGAUUUGGGUUUUGGCUCUUCUGUCCCGCAGCAGGUGUGUGGUUUGUGUGCAGUAAGACAGGGUGUUGAGCUGUGAUACGUCCAGCUCCGGUCCAAAGACGUCUCUGACGGCGGUUUAGGCAGACGCGGCCUGUGGAGAUUAAUACCCCCCCCUCUGGCACCAGGCAAUGUGGGGGGCUGAUAUUAGCCCACGUGUCUUUUCUUUAAGGCAAACGUCCGAUACAAUAAAAACGGUAAACUCUGAACAGCUUCUGGUGUCUCCCACUGAUCUAGUGCAGCAGAAACGGGUUUUGACUGACAUCUGGCAUCCAUCUACACUUGAAUUGACUAACCGUGUUCACACAUGACCCGUCCUAAAGCUUUUUUAGCGUGUCUAGAUCUGCGCCGCUCUUUGUGGCUCCAGGUCGGUCCCAUGGGCGAUCUGAUUGGCCGCCUGACUGUGACGUCGUUUUCUGAAACAGCUUUCCCUGUAUAGCCAGGAGGGAGGUGUGGACGUGCUGUGAUGUCCUGAGGUCCCUAAAGGCAUCACCCCCUCUGCAGAGCGGAGGACAAAGCUGGAAACAUUUGAUCAAACACAAAUGUCUGCAUCUGAUGGGAGAAGCAGAACACCCAAUGACGGCCCUGAUGAUAGUUUGUGCCCCCCCAUCACAGAUUCCACAGAUGCUCCAUGAAUGCAACAGCUUCCCUACUUCCUUUGGACAGAAUCCGAGUCUUGGUUCUGGUCGGGUCCAGAACACCUCUCCUCCUUCAUUCACUCCAUUUCCUCACAGGUGAAGACGAACCUCACCGAGCUGUGUGCACGUACGUGCACGUGCUCUCAGUCGAGCUGUUUGUGUGCCUGAACAGGUGAGGAGGAAAUGGAGAAAAACCUGGAGAACAUUUCAGAAUAAAAGCAGGACUUUGACCAUUUUGCUACCAGAUGUAAAGUUUCUGCAGAGCCGGUCCUCAGACCAUCAUGAGGUCCACAGGAUCCACUUUAAGGGACGAUAGACUGACUAAAAAGUCAUUUGAGAUGUUAGAAGAUUCAAGAAACAAAGUAGAUUGAUUGGAAUGAAUGGUUAUAACAUUCUACAAUCUGAUUGGCUGCUGACAGGGGAAAGCAUCUCAUUGGUUGAUCGGUUCACAGGUGAUUUUUGCAAUCAGAAGGUGACGGAUCUGAGGGCAGGAACCGUUUGGACAAGUUUCCCAAGUUUUCUGCUGGAAGACGCGCUGGAGCUGCAAAAGCAGAAACCGACUGCAGAGCAGCUUUUCUGACGGACGCAGACAUUUUGUCUACAGAAACGUCUUUUUCAGUGUUCACAUCCUUUUAUGUGUAUGUUUUAUGUAUAGUAUUCGAAUAGGAAGUGUCUGGUAUUAAAAUACGUAUGAGGUAAUAAA